CGGCCGUUGCAGCUCCCGGGCCGAGCCACCGUCGCCGCCGCGGUCCGGACCCCGGCCCCGCCAUGCUGCCCGCCCGCCCGCCGGAGGCGGCGGCGGCCCCCGCCGUCCCCUACAGCUACCGCAGCCGGCCCCGCGCCCUGCCCGCCCGCCCGAAGCACCGAGAGCUGCUGGCCGCCGCCGAGCCGGAGAAGCAACCUGUUCCUUACGCCAACCUCAUGUAUGACAGGAGAGUGGUGCGCGGCAACACUUACGCCCUUCAAGUCAUACCUGUGAGUACCCAACCCAGUCCCUUUGAGAUUCAAAGGCAGAGGGAAGCAUGGAAAAGAGCACUGGCUAGAAAGCGUGCAAAGGAACAAAUGCAACCAGGAACACCUGAGCCUGUGGAAGGCAGAGAGCACAUUCAUGUGCAGACAGAACUGUAUUUGGAAGAGAUUAGUGACCGGAUAAUAGAAGUUGAUACAGAGUGUCAAACAGAUGCAUUUUUGGACAGACCACCCACUCCAUUCUUCAUACCGGCCAAAACGGGAAAAGAUGUGGCCACGCAAAUAGAAGAAGGAGAGUUGUUUGACUUUGAUGUUGAAGUCAAGCCGAUCCUGGAAGUGUUGGUUGGGAAAACAGUUGAGCAAGCUUUGCUGGAAGUCAUGGAGGAAGAAGAGCUGGCCCAGCUGUGGGCACAUCAGCGUGCCUACGCAGAGCUGCGUAAUGCAGAGCUUGCUGAAGUACAGCGCCUGGAAGAGCAGGACCGGCGAUACAGAGAGGAGAAGGAACGUCGCAGACUCCAACACAUGCAAAUGCUGCAGAAACAGAAAGAGACCGCAGAGAAGAUUGCAGCUCAGGCAUUUGCUCAACGUUACGUGGCUGAUCUCAUUCCCUCGGUCUUCAAUAAUCUUCGUGAGGGUGGAUUUUUUUAUGACCUUAUAGAAAGAGAUAUUGACACAGAAUUCCUUCCAUGGCUGAUGACAGAAGUGGAAGAAACACUAGAGAGGAAGGUUCUGGGGAGGACAGUGCUUGACUCCUUGAUUUGUACAGUGGUUGAAAACCGCUUAGAUGCAUUUAGCCGUAAACCUCUGUCUGAUCAGACAGAGGCACCUGCUGAAGAGCCCAGGCCAACAGAUGCAGCCCCCCAGGAGGCCGGUGAGACAGAUGCUGCUGGCCAACCGGUUGCAGAGGAAGAGGAGACUGACCAACCUGUUGCCGAGGAACAGCCUUCAUGUCACCUCUCCUUCCAGUUAGAAGAAUCGGAUCAAGCAGGAAGGGAGGAUUUGGAAACUGUGUAACAAGCAGGAGACUUAGCAUAACCUAGAGGGCUGCCAUGGAUCAUUCCUGAAAAGAUUCAAAGAAAUGCUGACUUGAAUAUUUGCUUUUGGAAUGUUACAAGAGAAAGGUGAUAACUGGAAUAUUUUUGGUUUUGUUACUCCUGAUUUGUGUUUGAUUGCUAGAAAAUUUACUUGAAGUCUUGAAUUAUUCUAUUUAAAUAGGUUGUAGCAUUAUUAUGUAUUCUUAAAUUAUUAUGAUAAAAUAAUUAACUGUAUGCCCUGCAUUUUUACUUCAUUAGAAUGUAUAGCUACAACUUGAGCAUUGUGUGUUGUGGUAGAGUUUGCUGUAACACGUUAUGUUUUUAUGGGGCCGUACAGCCACAAAGCUUUAUAUUGCACUGGCAGUUUGCCAUUAAUAGCCCUGUGCUUGAAUUCAGCCCCAGAGCUGGGCAGGUUGGCAGGGGAAGGGACCCCUCACAUCCUGUUGGUCAUUGGAGAAGUGGAAAACCACAAGCAACUGUAAGGAGGGGAAGAGGGAUUUGGGGUAAUACUGGUGUAGCUGUCACCUGUUUGGGGUGAUGCAGGCAGACACGUGGGCUGUUGCAGCACAGGCCUUGCUGCUGGCCCGGUGGCUUGGGGGCUGGCAUGCAGGUGGCCAGGGGAACCACUCCAGCUGAGCCCAGGUGCGAGCACUCCAUCCCUCACACCACCUCCCCAAGGGGACCCCUCCUGACGCCCUUCCCCUCCAAGUCCCCUUUCUCUGGCCAGUGUCCUCAGCAGCAGCUGUCCCUGUGUUUUAGUUUGGGCUGAAAUAGAGUUAAUAUUCCUUUUCAG